AUGGUGUCCCUUGAGAAACCUUGGAAUCUGGAAAUAUUUAUUCAAUCAGUCUUUGACUGCGCACGGAACCUCCCGGAUGAAGUAAUCGACUUAGUGCGUGAAAACAACGGCAUUAUCAUGGUGACAUUUGUACCUGAGCAUGUGACAACUAGACGAUCAGAGGCAACGAUGGAUAUGGUCCUCGAUCAUUUAUUCUAUAUCGCGGGCCAGAUUGGCUGGGACCAUGUUGGUCUAGGAUCAGAUUUUGACGGAAUUGCAUCUGUGAUACCAGGGUUAGAAGAUGUAAAAUGCUACCCACGGUUACUUCAGUCUAUCCUUGAUCGGGGUGAGUCGGAGGAACAGUUGGCUAAAGUUGCCGGAGAGAAAAUUUUGAGGGUGUGGAAGGGCGUUGAGGAGACUCGUGAUCAAAUGAAGAUCGAAGGCGUGUUGCCUGUUGAAGAUGUCUGGGAAGACCGGACCUGGUGGCGAUAUGAUAGAUACUAUCAGAUGCCUGAUCCAGAUCCUGAAGAUAAAAUGGGAUUGGACUGGUAUGGAGUUCCACCACCCGAAAAAGGUCUUUACCUUAAAGAGUAG